AGCAGUAAAGCAGAGAUGGUCCUUCCGACUGGGAAGACUCCAUAUGAUACCUACCCCACAUGGCUCAGGUUCCACAUUGGCAUCAAUCGCUAUGAGCUGUACUCCCGGCAGGACCCCAUCACUCCUACGCUGCUGGAGGAACUGGCUACACAGAAAAUCAUCAGCUCAGGUAUCAGUCUCGCUUGCCUCCCCACGCAUGCCCUCCGUGUCUGCAAACCAGGAGGGACCCAGCUGAAGUUGAUCAUGACGUUCCCAAAUUAUGGAGAGGCACUCUUCAAACCCAUGAAGCAGACCCGGGACCAAGAGACCCCAGCAGAUUUCUUUUACUUCUCGGACUUUGAACGACACAAUGCAGAAAUAGCAGCCUUUCACCUGGACAGGAUCCUGGAUUUCCGGAGAAUCCCCCCAGUGUCUGGUCGUUUGGUGAAUAUAACUAAAGAGAUUCGUGACAUCACAACUGACAAGAAACUGGCUAGAACCUUCUUCAUUUCCCCAGCCAGCAAUGUCUGCUUCUUCGGCGAGUGCUCCUACUACUGCUCCACGGAGCACGCCCUGUGUGGCAAACCGGACCAGCUCGAGGGCUCCAUGGCGGCCCUUCUGCCCGACAAGGAACUAGCCAAACGCCACUCCUGGCGCAGCCCCUGGAGACGCUCGUACCACAAGAGCAAGAAGGCGGAGUGGGAGCUGAAUCAGAAUUACUGUGCUCAGGUGAGAAAGACACCGCCCUAUGACAGCGGCUCCCGCCUGCUCGACCUCAUAGACAUGACUGUGCUUGACUUCCUGAUGGGUAACAUGGACCGACACCACUAUGAGACUUUUGAGAAGUUUGGUAAUGACACCUUCCUGCUUCACCUGGACAAUGGCCGAGGAUUUGGGAGACAUUCUCAUGAUGAAAUGUCCAUCCUGGCCCCUCUCCAGCAGUGUUGCAGUAUCAAGAAGUCGACAUUCUUGCGCUUGCAGCUGCUUGCCACAGAGCCGUACCGCCUCAGUGACGUCAUGCGGGAGGCGCUGGCCUCAGACCACCUCUCGCCAGUCCUAUCAGAGCCUCACCUGGAAGCUCUGGACCGGCGGCUCCAGCGAGUACUGGACAUGGUGCGGGUGUGCAUGACAAAGGGAGGCCAGAAGGAGGUGCUGGUGGAUGACAUGGGAAACCGGGGCGCUGCCAGCGGCGCUCAGCGCCGCCCCGCGUGGGACACAAAAGGCGCCGACAUCGCGGCGGCUGGAGAGAGCAGCGGGGCGGGGAGCGGAGCCUCCCUCCCGAGCCAGCCCGCGGCCUGGAGAGCGCCGCAGCCAGGUACCUUGUUGGCUAGUGAUUGAGUCUCCUCUGUCAUGUCCAGACGCAGCCAGCGCCUCGGGGCCACCCGCUAUUACCAGGGUGAUGAUGAUGGCAGCAGCAGUGGUGGCAGUUUGCUACUGGGUGGCCAGGAGCCC